AUGAGUUGUGAAUUUUUUCCAACUACAUAUGUGUUCCGGACAGAUCGUGAUUAUGUAACCACUGGUUGCUCAGGAGGUGGUGGUGUGUUGAUUGCGAUUGAUGAGCGUUUUACAGCAUCUUUGAUAGAGAUACCUGAGUUGGCAGUGCUUUCUGCCCUAAAGAUUGAUGUUGUAGCAGUCAAGGUUUGUACCAACUCUUUUUCAGUCUACAUUUGCAAUGUCUACAUACCACCUGAUAAGUCCAAUGCUGAAUAUGAGCAAUUUCAUGAUGCUAUCUUGUCAUCGCACGUCCUAUUUGAUAAGAAUUUAGUUAUAACAGGGGAUUUCAACAUAGCUAACUACACUUCUUAUGUUAAUAGUCAUGGACGCAACGCAAAAUUGGUAUCGUUGAACAACUUUGCUGAGGGUCUUGCUUUUAAUCAGUUUAACAACAUUUCAAAUUCUAUGGACAAUAUCCUUGAUUUAGUUUUCUGUGGUGAUCUGUGUGAGGUUGAACAUUCCGCUGCUAGAUAA